AUGAAUAUUUUAGAUAAAGUUAUUUCAAAAUUAUUAAAACUUAGUAAGAAUUGUGCCUUUCAGGAAAAAAAUAAUUAUAAUAUAGAAGAUAAAACUUCAUCAAAAGAUUCUGAGAUUUCUGAUUUAAUGCAUUUUAACGAAAAAAGCCCAGAGAUAAAUAUAAAGCAUGCAAAACAUAGGAGAUUUACAGCAAAUAAAAAAAAUACUUUUAUGCUCACUUUAGAUACUUUAAUAAAUAUAAAUUUUCCUUUAAAGGAAUUAUAA